UUACAUUGCCUGGUCUUAGGGCUUAGUGUUUACCGUCUGGUCAAUAAUUAUCAAAUUGUGUUAUUUUUCUUUUUUAAUUAUUCAUAUUUAUCAAAAUUUUUUGUAUAACAAAAUGACCACAUCUUUCUAUUAUCCGAGCCGAGAAGUGCAGGAUGAAUUGUCCAGCAUUGCCAAGGCGCUUGUGGCUCCCGGCAAGGGAAUCAUUUGCGCAGACGAAUCAAUCGCGACAAUGGGCAAGCGUUUCCAAUUGAUUGGGGUGGAGAACACCGAGGAGAAUCGUCGCCUGUAUCGUCAGCUGCUCUUUACCACAGAUCCAAAGAUAUCGGAGAACAUAUCCGGGGUAAUCAUGUAUCACGAGACACUCUACCAGAAGACCGAUGCCGGUAUACCCUUUGCGGAGGUGCUGCGCAAAAGAGGCAUCAUUCCAGGCAUGAAGGUGGACAAGAAUUUUGUGCCGCUGUUUUGCUCUACGGAUGAGUACACCACUCAGGGCCUGGACGACCUCCAUCUGCGCUGUGCCCAAUACAAAAAAGAUGGCUGCGACUUUGCCAAGUGGCGUUCAGUAAUUAAAAUCGAUAAAACGAAUCCCUCCUACCAGGCCAUAAUGGAGAAUGCCAAUGUGUUGGCCCGCUUUGCCUCCAUCUGUCAAUCGCAGCGCAUGCUGCCCAUCGUGGAGCCCGAGGUGCUGGUGAACGGUGAUCAUGAUUUGGAUCGCUGCCAAAAGGUUACAGAAACCUUUUUGACCGCCGUCUUCAAGGCGCUGCACGAUCACCAUGUCUACCUCGAGGGUAUGCUGCUCAGACCCAACAUGGUGACUGCCGGACAGAGUAGCAAUAAAACACAUUCGUACUCUGAAAUUGGUUUGGCAACCAUUUUAGCCCUACGCCGUACUGUGCCACCUGCAGUGCCCGGUAUUCUUUUCUCAUCUGGCGGCAUGUCCGAGGAGGAGGCCUCUGUCAACUUGAAUGCCACCAACAAUGUCCCACUGUGUAAGCCCUGGGCGCUUACUUUUUCCUUUGGGCGCGCCCUGCAGGCUUCGGCGUUGCGCUCCUGGGGCGGAAAGAAGGAUAAUAUAAACGUUGCCCAAAUUGAGUUGAUCAAACGAGCAAAGGCAAACAGCUUGGCUAGCAUUGGCAAAUAUAUUCCAGGCUCUACUGAAGGCUCGGCUGGAGGUGAAAAAAUGAUUAUCGAUGGAAUGGAAGUGUAAGUUUCUGGGCUCAUAAAAUAUAAUGACAAUGGGUGUCAUCAGAAGCCGGCGAUCAUGUGGAAGUUACAAUUUAUAAGCGACAUGUACAUAUACAUACAAAAUACAUGUGCAUUUAACAGCA